AUGCCAGAUGCACAUGAUGAGGGUGUCAAGAAUUGUAUCUUGACUCUUGAAUCUAAAAUGGCUGAUUAUGAAGACCGUUCCAGACUGAACAAUAAUAAAUCUAAUGGUGAUCCUGAGUCUAUAACUAAUACACAUAUAUCACUGAUUUUUUUCCAGCCUCUAUUGCUAAUGGCUGACUUUAAGGAGUUGCUAAUAGGCAGAGCACACAUACUCCCAAGGCCAAAACAACUACCUAACUCUUCUUUACAAGAUGUUAUUGUUGGAGUUCACCUUUAUACUUAAGGAUACAGCUUAUGAAGGCUGCCAGAGAUGGUACAACCUUACCUGUAAUUUUUCCUUCUGUCCAACUUUUCACAAAUUUAUCUGCACCAAAAUCAGCUACUUGGAUCGAAAUGCCUUUGAUCAUAUUUAUACUAAUCUGAUGAGGGGAUAUGAUAAAAAACAUUUAAAUACAUAAAGGGAAUCUACACCGUAAAGGAGGAGACUAUAUUUAAAAGAAGGAAAAACUACCACAACAAGAGGACAUAGUCUUAAAUUAGAGGGGCAAAGGUUUAACAAUAAUAUCAGGAAGUAUUACUUUAAGGAAGUGGAUGCAUGGAAUAGCCUUCCAGCUGAAAUGGUAGAGGUCAACACAGUGAAGGAGUUUAAGCAUGUGUGGGAUUGUCAUAAGGCUACCCUAGAUAUAAGAUAAGGCCAGGAACUAAUUUUAAAAAAAUUAGGCAGACUAUAUGGGCGGAAUUGUUCUUAUCUGCCGUCACAUUCUAUGUUUCUGUCAUUCCUUUUCCACAAUUUUUUUUUUUUACUAAUACUUUUUGUCCAAACAGCUUUACCAGAGAAACAGUUCACCGUUAAAGGAGCACUAUAUGGUCAGGAACACAAACAUGUAUUCAUGACCCUAUAGUGUUAAAACCACUAUCUAGCCCCCUUUGCCUCCCUAAAGAUAGUAAAAUCUUACUUGUAUUCCAGUCUGAAGCUGCUGCCUCUGCCUGUGAACUUCCUCUGACAUCAUCAGAAGUGGUGGCCUGAUGCAAUCACAAUGCUUCCCCAUAGGAUUGGCUGAGACUAACAAAGAGGCAGAUCAGGGGCAGAGCCAGCACAAUUCAAACACAGCCCUGGCCAAUAAGCAUCUCCUCAUAGAGAUGAAUUGAAUCAAUGCAUCUCUAUGAGGACAGUUCAGUGUCUGCAUACAGAGGGAGGAGAUACUGAAUGUUUGGAUGCAUUUUAGGCAGCCAUGACCCAGGAAGGAUCUCUAACAGCCACCUGAAGAGUGGCCAGUGAAGUUAUCACUAGGCUGUAAUGUAAACACUGAUUUUUCUCUGAAAAGACAGUGUUUACAGCAAAAAGCCUGAAGGUAAUGAUUCUACACACCAGAACAAAUUCAAUAAGCUGUAGUUGUUCUGGUGACUGUAGUGUCCCUUUUAAUACUGCUAAAAGUAAGUCUCUUGAGUGUUAGUAUUUAAUGGUCUGUGCAGUAAAUAUCAUGUAGAAUUUAUUGAUCUUUUAUUGCAGUCUAUUUUGGUGUAUGGGCAAAAAGAGUAACAAAAUGAAAUCUGCACUUUUAUUUUAUAAUAAGAAAAAAAAAUGGGCUAUCUGAAAAAAAUGUGACCAUGCAAGUUAAAAACAACAGAUUUGAGAAAGGCCACAUCGUGCAGCCACAACAUCAUUUUGUAUGUUGAUUCCAAUUAAAGUCUGCAUAAUUUUGCUUAAAGUGCUCGGUUCCCUCAUUUUCUUUUAAAAACAAUAGUGUUCAAAACCAUAAAAAAGCAUAAAUGUAAACAUAGGUGUGACAUAUUUUGUGCUGACAGGACAAUUUGCAAAAGGUAACAUUCUAAAUGAGAUGCCACCCUAACCCAAACAGUGUUAGCAACUUUACUUGUUUGUUUUACCUGUAAUAAUAGAGGUAUAUUUGUAAUUCUGCUGGGGUUUUUUUUAGUUUAUAUCUAGGAAUCUUGACAUGAGAAACUUAAGUUUCAUUUAGUUUUCCCCAAUCCAAGGUUAUUCAGUAAACAUAGUUUUGUAUUUCACACCAGUUAAAUUCUGGGGAUGACUUGGAGAGUGAUCGUUAUUUAAUUACGGUUGAAGCAGAAGACGUUGGUGGCAUUGUGCCUCAAAAUAUCUCCGACGUCAAGCAAGCUCCCCCCAUAAACAGAAAUGCACCAAAACCUGUUGGACUUCGUCCACCCGUGGGCUUGAAAAGAAAAUUUUCUGUAAGUGUGCCUACGUGAGUAACAAAAACAAUAACAUUUUUCUGUUUAAAGGUUUUCCAAUUCCAAAAAGAACAUUGAGGGGCAAAACUAAAUCCUUGAAUAAUGUAAGUAACUGGAGCUCAGAAACAUUUAUGCAGUAAGCCUUAAUACCAAGUAUCCAUAUUUUGUAAUGUUACAGAAGGAAAUUAUUGCCUUUCAAGGGGUAGGUGAAUACCAUACCAACUUUGUAAUUACAAGGUUUAUAGUGCAGCAACUAACCUACAUUAAAGGAAUACUCCAAGCAUUAUAACCACUCCAGGGUGCCCGGCGCACCUCGAGUUUGAAGUCAAACUGUUGUAAAAUGGUUGUGUUAGGGUGUUUGGAGUGGCCUAUAACUGUAAUUUGCAGGUUUGACAGGUUAUAACUAAGAUGCUUACAAAGCUAUAGACCAGCCUUUCAGAUUUAUUAAUUGGGCAGCUGGCACUCACAGAUCUGGACUCUCUACAUGUGGCAUGUGGAUGUACAAUGCAAAACUUGAACUGAGCACUCUCUGUCCUCCCCGCAUAGUGAGCUAAAUGGCACAAAAUUGAGCCAAGAGAUUGCAGGGCCAUGAUCUAAAGUUGUUUUUGGUGUUCACAGUGUCCUAUUAAGUAUAUUUUUUCUUUCAUUCAUAGCAAAUAUAUAAUUUAACCCUGUUAAUAAUUAAAUGUUACGCUUUGCCAUCAUAUCAACCUGAUCCAUAAAGACUUUUUCCCAACAAGAAAUGUCCUGCUUAUUCAGAAUUGGAAGCAAUUUAUAGUCCUGCUAUAAUUGGUAAUUUCAUAUUUUCAACAGGGUCCUUAGGGAGUAGGUUGAUAUAGUAGCAAAGAUUGUCCCUAUCAUUGGUCCUUAAGGGUUCAAAUGUCAAUUGUUACAAGCAUUUGCCAGUUAAUCUCAGUAUCUUUGUGAAUUAAAGUGAGCCAGUCUCCGUGAAUACAUUUAUAUUAAUCAAUAAAGCAUGCAGAAUAGUCUUGGUGUUGCUUUAAUGUUUGUUUAUAUAAGUUCAAAAUAUUGUAUUACAUAUCUCUGUUUUUCUGGUUUGCACCAGAAUUCUGUAUAAUUUCAUAUUUUUAUUUUGUUGUAAUGUAGUGUAAGCUCACUCAUUUUUCUUUCGCUAGGGCUUCCAGGGACCACGGGGAGUUCAAAAGAAGGCAUCUCUGGAAAUGGAACAUUCAUUAAAGCCUUCAACCCAAACUCUAGUACAAGAGUGCUCCAAUUUGCCUUCUCAGUUGUAUACUACAUCUCCUCUCUUUGCCGCUCACUACAGGAAAACAGGAGAAACCAACAUAGGAACACCUUGUGAUGUUUUGAAUACAAUGACUUUAACUAGUAGUAAACAAAAUCCAGCAGGUAAUUUUUUGCCGACCAACAGCUACUCAAGCUUUCAAAACAAAGUUAGAGAUAAAGUUGCUGACACAAACAAAGGAGAAACUAUUACACAAAAUAUAAGAAGUACAGCACAGAUAUUAUCGCUCUUAAGGUUCCAGCCUGAGAAAAACGGUGUAGAGACAUCUGUUAGACCUAAUGCGCAACAAUCUGCUAAAUGCAACACUGAGGUUCUUAAUUAUGAAAUAUCAAUGAAACCUAUACCUGUAACAAGUAAAUGGGAUAUCUACCUAGACAAAUCGCAGUCCUCCAACUCUGUAGAGACUACUCAAAAGCGUAUGCAUUUACCUGACCUACCAGAUAGCCCAGACAACAGCCUUUCCUUAAGUCUGAAUUACAUUGUUGAUUCAAACAAUGGACAGACCCCAUUACAAACCGGCACAAAUGGUGGUCCAUACAGCUUACUAAAAACAGACAGACCAGUAGAACAAAGUGUAUUAAAUAAUAUUCAGCUAUCUGGACAUCUGCAAACAGAAAAACUUCCUGUGCCAACCAUAGACUUACAGCAAGGUUUCAAAUAUUCUCAAGCUAAAACAUUUAUGAGUGAAUAUGAAAGCUCUGCAGAGGGAAUGGCAAACAACAUGACCUAUUCUAAUAUUCCAAAUACAGAAUUAACCUCUCAUGAUGAACAGUCUCACUGUCGAACGUAUGUUCAAGAUUGCUCUAGUAGUGAAGGGACUACAAAAGAUAAAGCUGAGACAUCUUGUUCUCCAGCUAAGGCUGAACAUCAAAAAUUGAAUUUACAGCAAAAAAUUGAAUAUGAGGAGUUCUCAGAGGUCUCAUUUAACCUAAUGGACAGCUUUGAUUUUGAAAGCUCUGAUGAAGAUUCAAAGGAGAAAAAACUUUCCACUCAAAGUUCUUCUCACUUUCCAGAGGGACGUAUGGAUAUGCACAAAGGUGAAACAGAACGACUUUUCCCUGGUGAUGCUUCUGAAAAGGUGGAUAGUGAGAAAAACGUAUGUGCAAGGUUGCAUUUAACUAUCCAAGAUGGAGAAACUGCAGACAACAAAGAUAAAAAGUGUCCAAUAUCUGAAGAUGUUUGUGGUGAGAGGAAUGUUAACAAGGCCUAUGAGCAAGACAUGUUAUCACUCAUGGCUGUGGAUAUGAAUUUGUCUUUUAUGUCUGAUAUCAAUAUAAUCACUGAGAGCCCCAACAAAGAGUCAGAUAGCAGUACUAAAGGGACCUUUCAAUCUAUCAGACACUCCCUCCCUACUUCUUCUAAUUGUUGUGAGUCUGAGACAAAAAUGACUAUUGUUUCCAGUAAUUUGAAACCAACAACAGAAAUCAUAGAUACCGUGUCAAAAGACAGCUCUUUACUUCCAUACAAAGAACAGGUUGAAAACCAAAUGGGAAUAUGUGAGAAUGUCUCUGGAUCAGCAAAAUAUUUAAAGCAAGAAUCACCACUUAACAGCAAUGAUUCUGUAUUACAGGAUGUUCUAGAGACUCCUCAAUCUCCCACUCUAGCAAAUAAUAAUCCACAUAUAGAAGGGGAUGUUUGUGAAGAAGCAGACACUGAGCUUCUGGAGACAGUAUCUGGAGACAGUAUCUCUCUUCUGAGAACUCUCACAAAACACAGCACUGCACUAGAAAGUCUGAGCAUUUUGCAUGGGAAAUGCCAGUCUCAGAAAAAAGUGACUGCAAGAAAGACAUGUACACAGAUCAGAGAAGAGGAAGGUUAGAAUGACACUUUUUUUCUUUUGUUAAAUUGGAAAAUAUUUACACACUAGGUGGGACUAGACCUGAUUUUGUCAAUUUCUUUAAUUUUAUGUUUGGUACUUUGUAUUACUUUGUAUUCUGUAAUACUUCACUAUCAGUGAGGCAUGUGUUCGUGAACUAUUUAGCAACAGGUACACAUACAGGAGGAAGGAAUAGCGGCAGAUUACACAGUUCUAUAGAUUACACCAUAGUGUUCUAAGUACUACAGUGUUUCUUGCUUUAAAAAAUAAAUAAAUUCCUAAAUCACUAAGACAAGUUAGGAAUUUGCAAGUGUAAAAUAUUUACUAACUUUAACAAAUACCUUAAAAAAAGUAGUUAUUUGAAACACCACAAUAAUGUUUGCUUUCUGAAAAGGCAGUGUUUACAGUGCUACAUCCUGCAGAGACAGGCUGUAGACUCCAGACCAAUUACAUUAAGCUGUAGCAGUUCUGGUGACUAUAGUGUAAAUUUAAAUAUAGAUAUUAAGGAAGUAUAAUAUUAAAAUUGUGAGUAGAAAUUGUUCCAUUUAAACAUAUGGGGGAACCUCAGCCUAGUGAUACAAUUUAAAGAUCAAAAACUUCAUAAUAAAAUCAGUUGUUUUUUUGUUUUUUUAAAUUAAACUCUACAAGCACCAUAACAACAUCAGCACAAUGUUGUAGCUCGUUUUCCUGGCACUAUAGUGCCCUGAGGGUGCCCCCACCCUCAGGGUCCCACUCCAGCCCGGCUCUGGAAGGGGGAAAGGUGUUAAAUCUUACCUUUUUCCAGCGCUGGGCGGAGAGCUAUCCUCCUCUUCUCCUCCCCGUCGGCUGAAUGCGCACGCGCGGCAAGAGCUGCGCGCGCAUUCAGCCGGUCACAUAGGAAAGCAUUCAUAAUGCUUUCCUAUGGACGCUGGCGUGCUCUCACUGUGAAAAUCACAGUGAGAAGCACGCAAGCGCCUCUAGCGGCUGUCAAUGAGACAGCCACUAGAGGGAAUGGGGAAGGCUUAACCCAUUCAUAAACAUAGCAGUUUCUCUGGAACUGCUAUGUUUAUGAAAAAAUGGGUUAACCCUAGCUGGACCUGGCACCCAGACCACUUCAUUAAGCUGAAGUGGUCUGGGUGCCUAGAGUGGUCCUUUAAAGUUUGACUUCUUACCUGGGGCCUGAUCCCUGCCUUCGCUAUAGACUACAGGAGAGCUGGAAGCCAUCUCUCUGUUUCUAAGCAAAGCGAUGCAUGGCUUAGCACAUUGGAUGAGAGUGAUCAGCUGAUUAUGGUUGUGGUGUUUUGAGUGCUCCUAAAUACACCUACUGACAGCUAAAUUCUAAAAACACUGUAGAAUAAUGUUCAAAAGUAAAAUAUAUUUUAUAUAUAUAUAUAUAUCUUAAGUGUAUUUUGCUUCCUGUUGCUGCAAUGUUGUGCACCAAGAGCAUCAAACAUAUUUGUAUGCAAGUAUGUAUAUGUGAGUGAAUAUAUUCUUUUUGUUUUGUUUUUUUAAAUUCAUUAUGUGAUGCAAUGAAAAUGGCAGUGAACUUAACCCUGGUGUGUCCCUUUUAAAGACAAAGGACGUUAUAAAAAAAAAAAAAACUUAUUUCUUCUGUUUUUAAUCUCUUGUUUUUACAGCUAUUGUGGACCAGUGUUCUGCACCAGGGAUGUCAAACUCAUUUACUAUGGAUGCAGAAAGUAAACUGAAUAUAUCGAAAGUGUGUGCAUGUUCUUCUCUGAAACUGCUAUGUUUAUGGCAGUGAACUUAACCCUGGUGUGUCCCUUUUAAAGACAAAGGACGUUAUAAAAAAAAAAAAACUUAUUUCUUCUGUUUUUAAUCUCUUGUUUUUACAGCUAUUGUGGACCAGUGUUCUGCACCAGGGAUGUCAAACUCAUUUACUAUGGAUGCAGAAAGUAAACUGAAUAUAUCGAAAGUGUGUGCAUGUUCUUCUCUGAAACUGCUAUGUUUAUGAAAAAAUGGGUUAACCCUAGCUGGACCUGGCACCCAGACCACUUCAUUAAGCUGAAGUGGUCUGGGUGCCUAGAGUGGUCCUUUAAAGUUUGACUUCUUACCUGGGGCCUGAUCCCUGCCUUCGCUAUAGACUACAGGAGAGCUGGAAGCCAUCUCUCUGUUUCUAAGCAAAGCGAUGCAUGGCUUAGCACAUUGGAUGAGAGUGAUCAGCUGAUUAUGGUUGUGGUGUUUUGAGUGCUCCUAAAUACACCUACUGACAGCUAAAUUCUAAAAACACUGUAGAAUAAUGUUCAAAAGUAAAAUAUAUUUUAUAUAUAUAUAUAUAUCUUAAGUGUAUUUUGCUUCCUGUUGCUGCAAUGUUGUGCACCAAGAGCAUCAAACAUAUUUGUAUGCAAGUAUGUAUAUGUGAGUGAAUAUAUUCUUUUUGUUUUGUUUUUUUAAAUUCAUUAUGUGAUGCAAUGAAAAUGGCAGUGAACUUAACCCUGGUGUGUCCCUUUUAAAGACAAAGGACGUUAUAAAAAAAAAAAAAACUUAUUUCUUCUGUUUUUAAUCUCUUGUUUUUACAGCUAUUGUGGACCAGUGUUCUGCACCAGGGAUGUCAAACUCAUUUACUAUGGAUGCAGAAAGUAAACUGAAUAUAUCGAAAGUGUGUGCAUGUUCUUCACUAUAUACUAAAUUGUUUUGAAUUGAAUUGCAAAAUUUAGUCUAAAAUAAUCAAACUAUACUUGUUUAAAUUUUGCCAUUCGAUUUUCAAUGAAUUUUAAAUAUCUAUUAGAAAUUGACUUUCUCAUCCCCCUGGGUGGUAUUUUGUGUAUUCCUCAUUCUCAGAUCUGUACCAGAGGCCUGGGGGUCUGAGGUUUUUGCUGUAGAAGCGCUCCCAACUUUCUAGCUCAUAUCAGUCCUUGGUAUUUGUGAUGGAGCUCCCUGUACCCCAGCUGGGUACCUCUGCCAGGAUCGCUUUCUAGCAGGAACCAGGAAACCUGAAGCGCUUCUGCCCCAGUCGCCGUCGCUUGACUGGGGUCCUUUUAGAACUUUUCCACCCGAUCAGGCUGCAGCUCUCCUGUCAGGCAGGUAUUGUCCCCUCUGCCUAUUCCCCUGCUGCCCUUCUUCCAGGCAGGUUUUGUUCCCUGUGCCUGUUCCACUGCAGUCAUUCUUCCAGGUAGGUAUCUUCCUCUCUGCCUAUUCUGUUGCAACCCUUCUUCCAGUUAUCCACCUCUGCCUGCAAUGUGAGUUUCUAUUGCCUUUAGAAAGGCAUUUGCAGCUAUUAGGCCUGGCUCUUUUGAUUUAUCUCAGGGCUAGAGAGAUCGUGCAGCCAGCCAACAGGUACAGCUACUCUAUAUGGCUGGGAUCCGUAAAAAUCCAAACAGGACACCAUUCCAAAAGGAACUAACAUACAAAACUUUUUUCUUGGGGCUGGCCCAAAUGCUCCUUAAAUGUAACUUUAUGGUGACAAUUUAAUAAAAAUACAAAUAAUCAAAACAUAUCAGAAAACAUACUGGGAAAUAUAAUAACACAAUGACAUCUACAAAGUGGUGGGGAAGUCAAUAACCAACACAAAAUAUCUAUCCUGCCUGCAGACUUGGCAAUAUGCAUAUCUACCUAUAUAUGUGAAUUAGCAAGCUUUGCUAUUCAGGUAGUGCAUAUAGUUGUUGCUACCAACUGAGAUCACUAUACAGGCUCCAUAGCCAAAUCCACUUAGUUGGUACCAAGCAUCAUUAGGACAGGAGAGCACAGAAAACAAUUAACAAUAUACAAACACAUUAUAAACACACUGCACCUAUAAUGGGAAAUGGGUAACUUAGACAUAGGAUCAACGUAGGAACCUUUUGUAAAGUGUCUUUCUGCUCCCAGUGAUGGUGACUAUUGUCACAGUAUUUGUCCACCUUAUCAUGCACUUUUUUUCUUGAUCUGGUCGAUGAACAUUGCCACAUCCAUUACCCCUUCAGUGUUCCAUUUCUUGUUUACCUUCACGAUGUCAUGUUGGUUGGCAAGUACUUGAUUGUCUUUCUGGAUCUGGAAGCCCCACAGGAUGUUAACCCUGUCAUUCUCAACUAUCUUUGGUGGCAUCUCCUAUAUGGAUUUAGGCAGAUCCAGCCUGUAUUCUGUGCAGAUAUUUCGAAACCCAAUCUCAGGAAAUUGGUUGUACCUCUCAGUUUAUGCUGUCCCUGAUAACAUCUUGCACCCUGUUACUAUGUGCUGGAUUUUCUCUUAAAUCCUUUUUGCACAAUCUGCACCUUGAUGUCUGUGUGGUGUGGUGGACCCCUGCUACUCUUAUCUGGUACGGAUUAUCUGUUCCUGUGCUGCUAGGGUUAGUCCCUCAAUGCUCUCUUUCGAUCCCGCUUUUUCCAACCAUUGGUAGGACUUUGUAAUGUGAGCCACAUCCUCUAUCUGCUAUUGGUACAUAUCCCAUGGAGUGCUUAGUAUUGCCAUGGAACUUUCCCCCUUUUCUGCAUCCUCUAUCUGUUGUAAUCUCAGACAUUCCUUUAGCAAUUGAUCUUUAGGAGCCAUCUUCGUGAUGUACUUGUGGCUGUUCUGUGGCUUUUUAUCCGGGAAAUGGGCCCUGACAUUUAUCAGGAACUAACCUCCUUCCUUCCUUCUGGCUGGCUUAUUCCUAUGUUUAAUACUUCUUUUCCGUGAUUAGGGAGUGGAGUUUGGAGAUCAUUUUCAUUAUUCCUGCUGUUACUGCUGGAUUUGACCCCAACACAUCCUCCUGGAGAGUCAUCAUGCUACUUCAAACUGCAAACAGAGCCGGGAAAGCGGACAGUGCUACCAUAGCAGGAAGGAACAAUCCAUUCAGAUGCAGUCAGUGAUGUUACAUAGUUACAUAGCUAAAAAGAGAUUCUAAACUAAAUAGGUUUAAAUUUGUUAACCUUUCUUCAUAGCUGAUAUGUUCCAUUCCUUUUAUUAAUUUUGUAGCCCGCCUCUGCACUUUUUCUAGUGCCAUAAUAUCCUUCUUUAGAACAGGUGCCCAAAAUUGCACAGCAUAUUCAAUAUGUGUUCUUACCAGUGAUUUUAUAAAGAGGCACAAUUAUAAUCCCGUCUCAAGAAUGAAUGCCCUUUUUCAUGCAUGACAAUACCUUACUUGCCUUGGCCACUGCUGAUUGACAUUGCACAUUGUUGCAUAGUUUGUUGCCUAUAACAAUUCCCAAGUCCUUUUCGUGUGUUGUUAUCCCUAAUUCGCUUCCAUUAAGGGUAUACGUUGUUUGUGUAUUCUUUACGCCGAAGUGCAUUUUUCAUCAUUAAAUUUCAUCUGCCAUUUGAGUGCCCAGUCCCCCAGUCUAUCUAAAUCCCUCUGCAGCAAAGUAAUAUCUUGCUCACAUUGUAUUAUUUUAUGGAGUUUUGUGUCAUCUGCAAACACUGAAACAUGACUUUCAAUGCUUUCUUCAAGAUCAUUUCUAAACAUGUUAAAUAGAAGGGGUCCCAGAACAGACCCAGCUUGAAAAUUUACCAUUAACAACAACUCUUUGUACUCUAUUUUUAAGCCAAUGUUCUACCCAAGAACAAGCAUUUUCAUCUAGACCGAUUUCCUUGAGUUUGAACACUAAUCUAUUGUGUGGAACUGUAUCAAAUGCCUUGGCAAAAUCAUUCUGGAAAAAAGAAAUAUAACCGGUUACAUGCCACUCAUGUAAACCGUGCACCAGGAGGACAUACCAGGAAUGUCCCAAGGCCUAACCGUGUAUAUGACAAAAUUGAUAGAAUUUACAAUGAUAAGGUAUUGCUACCUGGGGAUAAAAAGACAAAACAAAGUAAAUAAUCAACCACCGAUUAAUAGAAGAAAAAGUGUCAAUACAGACUGUAACUAUCCUUAAACAAGAUGUAAUACUUAGAUAUGAGCACCAGAUGGAGCCAAAUUCAAAGGCUUUAGGUCAGGUCAAGGGUCCAAGUAGUGCAAGUAUGCUAAGGUAAAAGGUACAAGGUAUCUCACACUGUCAAAUAUAAAAGUAUCCAGUGUCCAAAGUGCACAGAACUGUGACAAUAAGCUUAAUAAUUGUAUAGUCAUAGUAACUAUUAUAUAUACACACACUGAACAAAAUUAUAAAUGCAACACUUGUUUUUGCCCCCAUUUUUCAUGAGCUGAAAUCAAAGAUCUGGGGUGGCUGCCCAACAUCCCUGGAGGUCUGGUGCAGAGACCUCGGUCCCAUCUGCACAGUCCGCUCCAGGUGUCCUGUCUGCGGCAGACAUGCACCAUUGCUGGGGAGUGGGACUUGUUGUCCCAACUCCCAUGAGCUCCCACUGAGGCUGGGAAAAGGGACCAGCUGUCUUCUCUACCGGUAUUUCCUCCCUCCCGGUGGUCGGAAAGGGGGACCGGUUGUCCUCCCUUCCAGUGAGAUUAGCUGCUGUUGGGGAUAUGGGCCAGCUGCCUAGCAUCCAUGUAGGGCUGGUGUAGAGACUUCAGUCCCAUCUGCACCGGCCAACUGGAUGUCCUCCCAGGACUAGUCUAUGAAGUCUCCUGUUUCUGGAGCUGGUUGGGGAGCAGGGGUUACCGCAGUCAGUUCUUCCCACCCAGAGUGUGGCAGGUCUGGGUCAGCCGCCCAGUUUUCCUGCUCUCCCGGUACAGAGGCCAGGGUCCCAUCUGCACCCUCCACUCCAGGUGUCCUGUCUCCCUGCAGGAUAUAUGGUGGCCAAACCAAACUGAGCAGACGUUGGUAAUCCUGCUCUAGCUCCUAUUCCAUGGUCACCAGAUGGAUCAGAUCUGGCCCUAGGUCGUCAGCUCCAGGAAGAUCCAGCAGGGCUUCCCUGGUACUGUGGAUUUCCCAGAGCUGAAAUUCUGCCCAUCUGCCAAAGUGAAUGUCUUUCUCAAAGGCCUGUUAGUACCUGAAGUUGUUGCCCUUCGCCUGGAAGACUCUCUCUCUGCCACCAGUGCACAUCCUCCAGGUCCUCUUGCCAAAGCUCUUUCCUGUUGGCAUCUCUCCAGUCCUGUAGGCUCUCUUUGGAUACAGGGCCUUCCGUUUGGGCCAGGUUGCACUGCAGUCUCCAGAGGAACUCCUCCUCAUAUGGGGACGCUGCCCUAGCUAGCUCCAUCCUCCUGAGUUUCUCUGCAGACAGAGACACUGCACACAUGCUAGCGCUGUCCCUCUAUUUGUAAUCCAUGAUUCCGGCCAAAUCACCCAUUUAUAUACAGAAUCUGAGCAUAGUGAUAUGUCCCCAAACACACCCGUAAACACACCCACAAUGUCCCAUAAAAUACAGUGUCACUGUGACUCAGUAUAAAAUACAAAAUAUUUCCCACAUAGUAACCCCCGCAGUCUAUACAUACCCGGAUAGCCUGAAUCUUAGCGCCCAACAUAUCCGAAAAGCGCUCCGAUCUCACGAACACAGCCGAAUCACCACCGGGGUAAAGCUCUGACUUGCCCCACACAUGGUCCUAUGCCCAAAACAGUUCCAUGAAUUCAGGUGUUGUGGCUGGUCCCGUUCGAAAGUUCCCUGCGACCAAAAUACCAAACAUAAUCCCUAAGUAUAACGUGGAGCUUGUUCACCUCAUUCAGACAAACGAUUCCACCAAACAGCACUCUUCCAAGAUGUAAAGUACCAAACGCAGACAGUAUGGAAGUUCAGCGGAGUUCGAAAGGUCGAGUGUCCGAUUUUAGUUCCAUGCACUCAAUGACCAAACACCGCUGCCUGUGUUCGCACGAACAAGAUGGCCGCCACCACGUUUUUUUAACAUACGAACGGCGGCCACCCAGAUGAACAUUUAGAACACUGCUGGCAGCAUCGUUACAAGGUGUCAAUAAUGUUUAACAAGAGCCAUGGAUUGUACACAAACGCUGCUUCACUAAGCUAAAGUUGCAUUGGUAACUAUAGGGUCCUUUUAAUGUAAAAAUCCACAUCUCUUUAUCCUGCAAAUGGGUGCCUCCAUCUUAGCUCCUUAUCAAUCACUGUUAUAAACUGUCACUUAUACUUCAGUAUGACAAUCAGCAUAUAGACUGUGGAGAGAAAUUUUUUUUUUCUAUUUUUCCUUAUUUUCCAUUGUUGUCCUGGUUUUGCUUGUCAGAAUUUGAAUAUGCUUCAGUUUGGAAUAUGCUGCAGUUUGCUGGAUCGAUUAAAUAAAUUGAAAAGAAAACUGAGCAUUUCAUGAAAAAAGUUAACACAAGUUAUAGUUGAUUUUCAAUGUUCGUAUGUAAAUUCUCGAAAAGUGACAAUUUUAUUUAAAUAAUAAAUUAUAAUAUAUCAAAACCUUCCCUGUCGCGACACCAUGCCUUUGUUAUUUAUGUAUUAAAAAUCUCAAUUUUUUUUUUUUUUUUUAGCUCUCCAGCUUUCAACGUAUGACAAACCGUUCCGAGAUAAAAUGAAAGGAGUGUAUGAUAAAACAGGUAAGGUAUUAUUAAUUAUAAUUUUUUUUUUUAUUUUUUUUUUACAUAUUACCGUAUCUGAAAAACCCCAACUCGUGCUUAUACUCGAGUCAGUCUGUAUUAUGGCAACUUACAUUGCCACAAUACAGACCAGGACCCGGCGGUCCUGUUGGGGGCUGACAGUGAGCUGUUACUUACCUUCCUGCAGCUCCUGUCAGCACCAGGGAUUUCAUAUUAUUAAAAUAAUAUAAUAUUAAAAUAAUAUUAUUUUAUUAUUAUAUUAUUAUUUUAAUAUUUGCAUUAUUUUUUUUUAAAUGUUUUUUUGUCCUCACUCCCUGCUUGUUGCCUGGUCAGGGAGGGGGGACAAAAAAACAUUUAAAAAAAAAUAAUGCAAAUAUUAAAAUUAUAAUAAUAUAAUAAUAAAAUAAUAUAAUAAUAAAAUAAUAUUAUUAUUUUAAUAUUAUAUUAUUUUAAUAAUAUUAUUUUAUUAUUAUAUUAUUAUUAUUUUAAUAUUUGCAUUAUUUUUUUUUAAAUGUUUUUUUUUUGUCCCCCCCUCCCUGACCAGGCAACAAGCAGGGAGAGGGGACAAAAAACCAUUAAAAAAAAAAUAAUGCAAAUAUUAAAAUAAUAAAAAUAUUAUUAAAAUAAUAUAAUGUUAAAAUAAUAAUAAUAUAAUACUAAAAUAAUAUUAUUAAAAUAAUAUAAUAUUAAAAUAAAAAUGCCCUCCCCUCACCCAGUUUACACACACUGCACAAACACACACACUGCAUUAUAUACACUGCAUUCAUUAUAUACACACACACACAACACACAACCACACACUGCAUUCAUUAUAUAUACACACACAAACACACACUCUGCAUUCAUUCUAUACACACACUGUAAAUAAAUAUUAAAUUCAUGUAAUUUUAUUGGAAUCUAAUUUUAUUUAGAAAGUUACCAGUAGCUGCUGCAUUUCCCACCCUAGGCUUAUACUCGAGUCAAUAAGUUUUCCCAGUUUUUUGUGGUAAAAUUAGGGGCCUCGGCUUAUAUUCGGGUCGGCUUAUACUUGAGUAUAUACAGUAUUUAGUAAUGGCUGUCACAAACAAAGCAUGUAGACAUCCAGAUGAUGAAUAAACUAGCAUAUACCUUAAAGCAGCUAUGUCGCUUUUUUUUGUAUUGCAAAUUUUGCAAAGUCCAGCAGUGGUAACAUUCCCGCCUGGCAUGUGGUUGGCUGUGGAAAAAUCUAAUAGAUCAUAAAGUUACUUGAAACUAUGUCACCAUUGUAGCGGUUACCCCGAUGAGUAGAGGGGUUUCCACCACUAGAGGGUGUCCUUCUCCCAAUGGUGAGGGGUAUUCUCAGCAUUCAGCAGUCAUCCAAGUUGAGGAGCUCUUAAAAGAGCUAGUGUUAUAGCUAUAUAGCAGUUUCCCCCAAUAAGAGACAAGUCUCUAGACUGAGGGUAAAGUAUGUACUGAAGGUUUAAUGAUACAGCUGCUUCUUUUAUACAGUAUUUCCCCACAAGGUUACCGCCCAUGUGGACGUUGUUGGGCACCAAAAUGUACAUUUAACAGCCAAUAAUAUUCAGUCACAAAAUUAAACACUCCCAUUCAUUACUGUAAAUUCCUCCCCUCUGUAUGGGAGAUAAUUGAGUUAAUUACAGUAUGAACUCUAUUAUCUCCAAGCGAAAAAAAUACUUUUUACACAUUUCUUGUAACAUUAAAAGUAAACAUCCAAUUCUUACAAAACUUAUAUUUUCUGAACGGGCAUAAUUAUGGGAAAAACAUAUAAAAAAAAUCAUGCGAAACGGUUCAGGGGUUCGGGAGUUAGAUGGAAGUCACAUUUGACCGAUCGCACGCACGCACGCACUUUUUCAUGCCCAAAACAGUUCCAGAGAAUUUGGCUGUGCAGCCGGUCUAUUUCCCAUGUUAAAGUUAGUUGAAAUAGACGAACAGCAACCGUUCGUGAAAACCGUCAGUGUUAAAGUACCAUUCGAAUUGUCUAACGGCGUUCGACUCCAGUCGAAGUCUGGAGAAGGUAAAGUUCAGUGGUGUUCGUGCUGUCGCUUAUCCAAUUUGAGUUCCAUGAACUCGACGACCAAACACAGCUGAACGCAUUCGGCUGAAUUAAAAUGGCCGCCACGUGUUCGUAUGUUGAAUGGUGGCCACUUUGACUACUUCAGCACUUUGGCUGCAUCCGAAGUGCCACUUCAAAAGUGCAGAACUUUAAAGGGGCAGAAACAGUGCUCCAAAAUACAAUAGGCACAAAUAGAGUUUUUAAAUUAUAAAACUCAAGGACAGAGGGUCUGUCCCAUUGCUCCCUCCUUGUGGGACACUCCAGCAGACCCGGUUUGAUCCUUUUCGGGUCAACUGGAGGAUGCCUGGACGUUGGGUUAUGUGCUGAGUUUGGACUGGCAGGACAACCCAUCAGCGUUGCCGUUUAGUUUCCCGGGCCGGUACUGGAUGUUGAAAUUAAAGGGCUGCAGCGCUAAGCUCCAUCUCAGUAAUCGUCCAUUGUCUCCUGCAACCUGGUUCAACCAGACCAAUGAAUUGUGGUCUGUUAUUAGCGUAAAUUCUCGCCCGUAUAAAUAUGGGGUGAGCUUCUUCAGGACCCACACUAAAGCCAAGCACUCUUUUUCGACUGCCGCACAGCUCUCUUCCCGGGGCAAUAAUUUGCAGCUGAUAUAGACGACAGGGUGCUCUCCUCCAUCCUCUCCAACUUGGCUUAGGACUGCCCCCAGUCCGAACAUGGAAGCGUCUGUGUGAACGAUAAAAUGUUUGUUAGAGACUGGGGCAGCCAAAACAGGGGCAUGUAAAAGGGCAUCUUUUAACGCUUGAAAGGCAGUUUCACAGGCGGGAGAUCACAGGACUUGUCAGGGUAAGUUCUUUUUCGUGAGGUCAGACAAAGGCUUAGCUAGGGCUCUGUAGUCCGGCACAAACCGCCUAUAAUACCCGGCUGUCCCUAGGAAGGCCAGGACUUGGGUCUUGGUCCGGGGUGUGGACCAGUUAGCGACUGCCCAGACCCCACUCGCUGCAAACAGUACUACGUGCCUUAAAUGUUCCUCCCAGGACUUGCUAUAGAUCGCAAUGUCAUCCAGGUACGCACAGGCGAAAUCCGGGAAGCCAUCGAGGAGUCUAUCCACCAAGCAUUGGAAUGUAGCUAGGGCAUUUUUCAUACCGAUUGGCAUGACUCUGAAUUGGUACAAGUCAAACAGGGUGACAAAGGCUGACUUGGGGAUAGCCUCCUAGGCCAGGGGAAUCUGCCAGCCCCCUGGCAAUGCGAUCUAACAACUCAUCCACUCUGGGCAUUGGGUAGGCAUCGGUCACUGUUUUAUCAUUUAGUCGCCGAUAGCCCACGCAAAACCGGGUGGUCCCAUCUUUCUUUGGUACCAGGACCAUUGGGGACACCCAGGGACUAUCGGUGUGUUCAGUGACCCCUAGUCUUAACAUCUCAUGUAUCUCUUCCGUCAUACCAGCUCUGACGGCGUCAGGGAUCCGGUAGGGGGGCUGUCUAAGCGGGGCCUGGCCGGGGGUUUCUACUCGAUAGGUGGCUAACGUGGUGAAACCAGGUUCUUGGGAGAACGUUUGGCUCUUCCUAGCGAUUAGGUGAUUGACUUGCUCCCUCUCUGCAGGUGUUAGCUUGUCUCCUAACUUUAUUUGAUUGAGGGGGUCGGUCUGGGGCUGCUUUCUCAAGAGAUCGGGCAAAGGUAAGCUUUCUGGGUCUUCAGUGGCUGGGGCGCAUACAGCAGCUAUGUCUUCGGGCCUUUCCUGGUACUCUUUGAGCAUGUCGACAUGGAAGGCUUUACGAGCCCUCUCAUUUCUGUCACUGGCGAUUACAUAUGUGAUAUUGCAAAGUUGGUCUACCACCUGGUAAGGGCCCUGCCAGGCUUCCUGCAGUUUAUCUUGUUUGGUGGGUUUUAAUACUAGGACCUUCUGCCCUACCUGAAACGUACAUUGAUGGGCACCCCAAUCGUACCAUACCUUCUGUCGCCCCUGGGCCGCCUGGAGGUUCUCUCUAACCAUCUGUGCCAGCUGCUCCAUGCGGUCCCGAAGCUUUACUACAUAUGACACGAUGGGGGUUCCUCCUGUUCUGUGGCCCCCUCCCAGUGCUGCCUAAUGAGAUCCAGGGGGCCUCGCACCCUUCUCCUAUAUAAUAGCUCGAAGGGAGAAAAAACAGUGGAUUCUUGUGGUACCUCUCUGUAUGCAAACAUGAGGUGAGGUAGGAAUUGCUCCCAGUCUCGGUAUUCGUCUGUGAACAUAUUCAACAUCUGCUUGAGGGUGCCGUUGAAACGUUCACAGAGGCCGUUUGCCUGGGGGUGGUACAGGGAACUAAGUAGAGACUUAAUCUGGCAAACUUCCCACAACUGGUGUGUAAGUUCUGUGCUGAACUGGGCCCCUUGGUCUGAGAGAAUUUCUUUAGGGAACUCCACUCGGGUGAAUAUCCCAACUACUGCAUUGGCCACGGUGUCUGCCUGAAUAUUGGGCAGAGCAACGGCUUUGGGGUAGCGGGUGGCAUAGUCCACCACGGUAAGGAUGAACCGUUUACCGGAUGGACUAGAUCUUUUGAGGGGCCCCACCAGGUCAUAGAAACAUAGAAUGUUUUUCUAAAUGUCAUUACUCCCUAGUCUUAUCUUAUAGUUAGGAUAGCCUUAUGCCUAUCCCACUCAUGCUUAAACUACUUUACUGUGUUAACCUCUACCACUUCAGCUGGAAGGCUAUUCCAUGCAUCCACUACCCUCUCAGUAAAGUAAUACUUCCUGAUAUUAUUUUUAAACCUUUGUCCCUCUAAUUUAAGACUAUGUCCUCUUGUUGUGGUAGUUUUUCUUCUUUUAAAUAUAGUCUCCUCCUUUACUGUGUUGAUUCCCUUUAUAUAUUUAAAUGUUUCUAUCAUAUCCCCCCGUCUCGUCUUUCCUCCAAGCUAGGAGCUUUCCAAGCUUUCCUCCAAGCUAGGUCGACUGCGAUCCGGCUGAAAGGCUCUUCUAUGAUGGCAUUGAUAGCAGUUUCACUUUGGGGUGAUCCCCCCUCUUCCCUACCCUCUGACAAACAUUGCAGGUCCGGCAAUAGUGUUGCACAUUUGUGCUGGGUUACUCGAUGGGAUGUGCGAGUCAUUCCCAAGUGCCCAAUUCGGAGAAGCUCCCGUCGGUAUUUCCUUGGAACUACCAAUUGGAGCUUCUGCGAGGGGGUGGCUCCAGGGCAACGGGUUUCAGACACCUGGUAUAAUUUGUCCUGCUUCCAAAUAUAUCUUUCCCCUUCUAACCCUGUCUGACCGGUUUUUGCCCUAAGACGAUACUUAUGGAGGGAGGGGUUGGCCCUAGUUUCCCUGACAAACUCCUCUGGGGUAUCCCAGGCUAAGGUCGUCAUGGCAAGGGUUUUUGUCUGUAUGCUUACCUGGGUCUCCCCGACUGGUGGGUUGUACUCAGCGGUGCGAGAUUGGGCACGGGUGGUGACGGGAUGAGCGGCUGCGGUAGGAGCAUAGGCGUAUGUGAGGGGCCCCAGGUCUUUGCCCAACAGUACUUCGGCUGGGAGAUUGUCCAUGAUUCCCACAUGCACCUUGCCGGAUCCGGCUCCCCAGUUCAGAUGAACGCGGGCAGUGGGAAUCUGAUAGACUUCUCCCCCUGCUACUCGGACGGCGACAGUUUUUUUGGUGCGGUCAUCGUUACGGAUCAAGUGUCGCUGUAACAGGGUCAAUGUGGCCCCUGUGUCUCGUAAGCCUUGGGCUGGUUGCCCGUUGACUAGGACCUCUUGGCAGUGGUGUUGCCUAUUGUCUUGAGCGGCGGCUUGGAUGGGGUCGGCCUCAUACAAGACCCCUAGGUAUUCCUCGGACUCUGGCUCAGCCUCCAAGCAGUGGGCGGCUGAGGUAGGUUGGGGCCGAGAUGGUGAUCACCCCCAGUUGGAUCUGGCUGUGCAUGUGUCCCAGUUGAUGGCAGCCAUGGCACUUGACUCUGGAGUGGUUCUGCUGGUACCAGGGAGGUCCGGAAUAGCGAGCAGGAGCUGGAGGGACUGGAGCACAGAACUCUGUAGUAGGUGGGGGUUUCACAAUGGCUGGCUUGGGACAAGGACUGACAGCAGUCAGUUCUUGGUGCCUGGAUUCAGUAUAUUCGUCAGCCAAGUGAGCCGCGUCCUGCAGGGUGAGUGGUCACCUAUCCUGCACCCACUCUUUUAUGCCCAGUUGUAAUGCUCCUAGGAAAUGUUCUAGUAGAAACAGCUGCAGAACCUCUUCCCUGGUUGGCAACCCUCCACCCAGUGUGAGGCAGUUUGGUGUAGGGUGCAGGCCCACUCGGAAUACAAACCUCCUCUUUUCCGUCGACUUCCCCAUCUGUGUCUUGGAAAGCUUUAAACGCUGCAAACAGCACCUUUUUCCAUUCGCUGUGGUUCACAAUCGAUAGUACCGCUGGACUUUCAGGUCUUUGUGCAGUCAAUACCUGUAGGUUAUAGGCCCUUUUCUCUUUCGCGUCCUCCAUUGCUGCAUUGAGGAGUUGGGUGACCAGUCGAAGCGUCAAAGUCUGGAGAAGGUAAAGUUCAGUGGUGUUCGUGCGGUCGCGUAUCCGAUUUGAGUUCCAUGAACUCGACGACCAAACACCGAUUAACAUGUUCGACUGAAUUCAAAUGGCCGUGGCCACUUCGACUACUUUGGCACUUGGGCUGCAUCCGAAGUGCCACUUCAAAAGUGCAGAACUUUAAAGGGGCAGAAACAGUGUUACAAAAUACAAUAGGCACAAAUAGAGUUUCUAAAGUAUAAAAAUAAUUGACAGAGGGUCUGUCACAACCAUUUCUACAUUUGAUUCCGUUUCCUGUACUGUUGUACUCUUGCCUGCUGAGAAUUGACAAAGGUUUACAAACGAAGAUCUGCUUUUCUAAAAUUUUGUCAGCCUGAGACUUGACCAUAAGAGAAAAUAAUCCCUUUUUUGUUUUUAUGAUUCUUUUGAUUGUUUUUGAUUUUUGAAACGAUUGAUUUACUUUAACCAAAAUAUAUAUAUAACUUAUAUUGACAUUCAAUAUCAAUAUCUUCUCCUCUAAUUUAAAUGCUUUGAUUUUACUUUAAUCUGUGUAAAAAUAAAACUUUUUGUUACGAUGCAUGUUUGUUUAGUCACUUUAUUUGUAUUUGUUCUUUUAAAUAUUACGAGUAUAGUUCAGUUUCACUGAAUGCCAUAACACGGUUCCACUAUACAUGCAGUUAUGUUGAUGUAUUCGUUGUUGUGGCGGUAAAUGUUGUGAUGUACUUUCUUGCACGCCAAAAAAAAUAAAAAAAUCUUACAAGUAUUUUCUCUGUGGUGCUAUAUUAUAAUUAAAUACGAGCAUAUUUUAUAAGACCAGGAGGGAAAGAUAAAGUGAACCUGUAAUUACAAAUUAUAUAUUUAUUGGCUCUGAGAGCUAUUCACUUAAUUACCUGCUGCUCCCUAGCACCAGUGGAACGAUUCUUACAGGAUGUUACAAUUUUCCACCACCCACCCCAUGUUGCCUCUCCUCUGCUGCGAUAAUUUUUUUUAACACCAAAAUGCUAAGAGUGUUCUUGUAAGAAAUGCUUGGUGGGGAAAUAGCGGUGCGACAGAGCAUGUAGGUGGUCUCUCCUGCUAUACCUUACUUUCAGUCCUUUACAUAGACCUGUAUGGUACUAACAGAGGGAAGGGCGGGAGUCGGAUCAUACUUUUAAAGAAUAUUAAAUUAAAAUCUACACAUUUGCCAGCAUUUCUAUUAGUGCGAUAUAUACCAUAUAUACUUGAGUAUAAGUCGACCCGAAUAUAAGCCAAGGCCCCUAAUUUUACCACAGAAAACUGGUAAAACUUAUUGACUCGAGUAUAACGCUUGGGUGGGAAAUGCAGCAGCUACUGGUAACUUUCUAAAUAAAAUUAGAUCACAAUACAAUUACAUUAAUUGAAUAUUUAUUUACAUUGUGUGUACAUAAUGAAUGCAGUGUGUGUGUGUGUGUGUGUUUGUGUGAAUGCAGUGUGUGUGUAUAUAUAAUGCAGUGUGUGUAUAUAAUGAAUGCAGUGUGUAUAUAAUGAAUUCAGAAUGUGUGUGUUUGUGUAAAUGCAGUGUUUGUAUGAAUGCAAUGUGUGUAUAUAAUGAAUGCAGAGUGUGUUUGUAUGAAAUGCAGUGUGUGUGUGUGUGUGUAUAUAUAUAUAUAUAUAUAUAUAUAUAUAUAUAUAUAUAUAAUGCAGUGUGUUUGAAUGCAGUGUGUUUGUAUGAAUGCAGUGUGUGUGUGUAUGUUUGUGUAGUGUGUGAUAUACAUAAACUGGGUUGGGAGAGGGCAUUAUUUAUUAUUUUAAUAUUUGUUUUAUUUUAGUUUUUAAAUAUUUAAUGUUAUUUUUAUGUCCCCCCCCCUCCCUGCUUGUUGCCUGGCCAGGGAGGGGGCUAUGUAAAUCCAUGGUGGUACAGUGGUGUGUACUAUGCGGGGGGGCGGAGCAAGCUGUUACCUUUACAGCAGCUCCGUGCAGCUCCCCCGUUCAGCUCCCAGUGUAAGUCUCGCUGUCUGUGUGCCAUGCGGAGCGUUGCCACGGUAACCCGUGGCAAUGCUCUGAUGGCCGCGGGUAUCGCGAGACUUACACUGGGGAGCUGACCGGAGCUGCUGUAAAGGUAAAUAACCGCUUGCUCCGGCCCCCAACAGGACCACCGGGCUUGUAAUGAGCCCGGCGGUCCUGGUUUGUAUUAUGGCAAUGUAAGUUGCCAUAAUACAGACACUGACUCUAGUAAAAAUGUGCCGAAAAACUCUGCUUAUACUUGAGUAUAUACGGUAGAUAAAAUGUAAUGCUAGUAGUGUAUACAAUUUCAAAUACACUCUUUAAAUAUUGUUUCAUAAUUAUUUUGAGUUGGUCUUGAAUCAGUUGUCUUGUACUUUAAGUUUCUCAAACACCAGACUCGGAUGUGGUAUCUUUGGAUCAUUUAGACCCAUAUCAAGAGCCACCUUCCAUCAGUACAGAGCUCAAUUGUUCGCCCGUACUUCAUCCUCAGACAUCACACUCUGCUGGCACAUCUCCACAAAAGGUAAAUUAUUUUUCGACAUACAAACUGUAAGUUAAUGUGUAAUGAUCUUUUAGAAUAUAGAUUUCAUAGAGCUUUAAAAAAGGAAAAGUCAACUUACUCAUACAUGACUCCAAAUAUCCUCCCUACCAACCCCAUCCUACUCACACUCUGGGAUCUAGAGUCAUUAUACUUUCUGUCUCGAAUUCCCUGUUUUCUUUUAACAAUGCUUCAUGUUCAUGUGUGGUUUACUGAAGUUUGCAUUCGCUCUGACAUUCAUAUGAAGGUUCAAGGUACUUGAUUACCGUUUGUUCUCUUGACAUUUGACAUUGAAAUUGACUUUAAAUUUUUGUGCUUUUUACCUCCUCACUUUUUAUUUGGUUUUAUAUCAUAUGUAAGGCACAAUGCAAAUCACCAUCAUCCCAUGUUUCACACCUGUUAUUUAGGAUGCAUGCUUUUAUUUAUAGGAGUGAUUUACUACCUCUUCUGUAUUACUGUACAUACUUUAUUUCUAGUUACAGUCUUUUUUUGAUGACUUUGUUGCCUUUUGCAACAUUUUUUCCUCUGGAUGACUGGAGUUUUACAUUAUAUGUUUUUAGAUAUUCAAAUUAAUAAUUAAAAGUUAAAGUGGCACUGUCAUGGCCGCAUCUGUAUUUUUUUAUUUUUUAUUUUUUUUAACUCCCGACUCUACUACAUCUAAAUCCCCCAAGUCAUCCCCAAAUGCCCCUAAGCCCCCCAUAUUACCUAUUUUUAUACAGUUCUGCAUGCUGGAUCAACUAGAAAUCCUGACAGGUGCAUGGUCCCAAGCAAUAAAUCAAUGGCACAAUCCUACGUGGUUCCUUGUGGGAGUAGUUGCUCCUUUCUUGUCAAAGACCUCUGUAAGAUAUUGUGCAGAAUAUCAGUAGACAAGGGAGGAGCUGUAGGGGUAGACAGUACAGGUCUAAUGGAAGCUAGGCAAGUCGACUGUCAUUCAGAACCCCAGGCUGUAUUCUCUCUUUGAACCCAGUCGAUAUCAGGGCUGUGUUUUCUGAGCCAUGGAUAACCCAGCACAACAGGACUUAAGGGUGAUAUGAUGAUUUGCAAUGCAUGAUUCUCUUCAUGGAGGGUAUCUACAGAAAGACAUAGUGGUAACAAUUAAUGUGUAAUUUCUUAGGAGUGAAUAGUGGUCUACCAUUGAUGGCCUCCACGGCCAAGGGUAUCAUUCUUCCUUAUUCAUGCAAAUCUAUGCAAAUGUACUUAUAAAGUGUUUUCAAUCAAUGUGCAUUUGAAUUAUCAAUUUAUAACAUGUAUUCCUGACCCUAUAGUGCUAAACCCACCAUUAAGGUGGCUUACCCCCUCUCCCCCCUUAAAAGCAUAAAAAACUCACCUUAUUUCCAGCGCCAUGAGGGUCUGCCGGCACUGACCCAGCCCCCGCCCCCUUGGUAACAUCAUCAGAAUUGCUGAUUUUUAGCCAAUCAAAUGCUCUUCCAUGGGGAAAGCAUUGGAUUGGGUAAAAUUGGCAAGGGGGCAGGGCCUGAGCCACGAAGACCCUCCAGUGGCCACUUGGAGGUGUCCCUAGGGGCAAUGUAAACAUGAAAAACAUGAAAAUGCCUGCAUAUUAUGAUUAUACUCACCAGAACAACUACAUUAAGCUGUAGUUGUUCUGGAGACUAUAGUAUCCCUUUAAACAGUAUUUUGUAAUCUUUUGCUGUUCAUAGUGCUUAUGGCACCAAAUAAGAGGUUGUGUCUUAUUAAAACACUUUAUACCUUUAAAUGUUAUUCAGAUCACUCUUUUUAGUGUUGGUAAAAACCUCAGAGACAAAAUGUAAAAAAAACCACAAAAAAAACAGUGCAGAUAACUUUCUAAACCUUUGAAACAGAAAGAGACUUUUUAAAUCAGUAAGAAUGUAAACUCACAAACGAAGAGCUUGGGAUAUGGCUCACUUGUUAAAGCCAUGAAUUCCUUUAUAGGGGACCACUUCCCUUCCUUGGGGGUUUGUUUCCUUGGUGGUAAUGGGGGUAUAUGUAAUAGAAGAAAAUUCACAUACUGUUGUGCUCAAAAGUGUGCAUACCUUUGGAGAAUUGGUAAUAUAUGUAUCAUUUUUAUAGAAAACACGAGUGAGCAGACAAAACACGUUUAUUUUAUUUCCUAUGGGAUUCAUAUUGAACUGUAGGUUAUAACAGUCAUAAAACAAAUCAUAAAACAAAACAUGGCAACAAAGAAAAAACUGAAAUGACCCCUGUUCAAAAGUCUGCAUACCCUCAGUUCUUAAUACUGUGUUUUGCCCCCUUUAGCAUCAAUGACACCGUGCAGUCUUUUGUAAGAAUUGUCUAUGAGGCCCAUAAUUUUUGCAGCUGGUAUAGCUGCCCAAUCGUCUUGGAAAAAUGCCUCCAGGUCAUGCAAAGUUUUUGGUCGUCUUGUAUGAACCGCACGUUUGAGAUCCUCCCAGAGUGUCUCAAUGAUAUUAAGGUCAGGAGACUGUGAUGGCCACUCCAGAACGUUUCGAUCCCUUCAGGGAUCUUUAUCAAGCUUUAUCAGAUUGAUGUAGGGAUUGAAACGUUGCUGUAUCUGUCCUGUUAUUAAGUGUUUUUGCAUAGCAAGACCACUUAUUGUUAUCUCACAUAUAUAUUAUUAAGUGUUCUUGCAUAGCAAGACCACUUAAUGUUAUCUCACAUAUAUAUUAUUAUUAAGUGUUCUUGCAUAGCAAGACCACUUAUUGUUAUCUCACAUAUAUAUUAUUAAGUGUUCUUGCAUAGCAAGACCACUUAUUGUUAUCUCACAUAUAUAUUAGAUGCUUGCAUAACAAGACCACCCUGUUCAUAUAUAUUAUUAUUAUUAUUAUAGCAAGAAUUGCCACCUAACUCCUCCCACAGUUUUACACUACAUAGACAAAAUUUACCAAAGCGUGCAGAUUGUUCCACGUCAGUUGCUAUUACUUUGUGGAGCGUUUGGCGAAUGGUUCACACGCGGGCUCUCGUCGUUCUUGUGGCGAAAUUUGUCCCAUAGGAAUGAAUGGCAAGAAGCUAUAGGUGGGAGCUGGCAAAGCUGAAAAAUCGGGACAUGAUUUCUAAACUGCCACCACUCCCCACUUAUUUUUCCAGGCCCACCUACACAAAUCUUAUAUCAAAACGUUCAGCUAUCCCUGCUGCCACUAAACAUGUCAACGUCUAAGCUGUAGUCCUGAUAGUUUUUACGAUAUAAUCAUUUGUUUGCAACUAACGCCGUCCAUUGACUUUCAUUGAAACUUCACUCUGCAAAGCUCAAAUUUGAAGUGCAAUUUCUAAACCGCGACUGUGCCUUCAAUUUUAAUACUUCAGAGACAUACUAUGCAUCAAAAUGUAGGUCUGGGUCUUGUGAUUCUCACAAUAUAAAGCUCUUCACUGUAGGAGUUAUAGUUUUUAAGAUACGACCGUUUGAAGAUGGCAACCACCAAACUACUCUGACCUGUGUCAAGCUGCAGCAGCAAGUGAUGUCAUAGACAGGGCCUUUUGAACACCUGCUAAUGUUUUUAUAAAUGUAUGGUUUAAUGUAACUGUGCAACAACGUUACAAUUAAAUGUGCUAUAUAAAUGAUAAGUUACUCCGCCCACUCCAGUUGUAGACUACUGGUGGAGGCAAGAACACAUCACACAAUUUCCCCAGAAAUUGUAGCUUUUCUAGUUAUUAAGUGUUCUUGCAUAGCAAGACCACUUAUUGUUAUCUCACAUAUAUAUUAUUAUUCUUAUUAUAGCCAAAUUUGCCACUCUAACUCCUCCCACAGUUUUUACACUACAUAGACAAAAAUUUACCAAAACGUGCAGAUUGUUCCCGAUCGGAUUGCUAUUACUUUGUGGAAUGUUUCGCCGAAUGGUUCACGGAAUAUCGUCGUUCUUGUGGCGCAAUUUGUCCCAUAGGAAUGAAUAGCAAAGUUAGAGUGGGAGCUGGCAAAAGCUGAAAGAUCAGGACAUGAUUUCUAAACUACCACCACUCCCUUAUUUUCAGGCCCACCUACACAAAUCUUAUAUCGAAACGUUCAGCUAUCCCUGCUGCCACUAAACAAGUCAACGGCUAAGCCAUAGUCCUGAUAGUUUUCACAAUAUAAUCAUUUGUUUGCAACUAACGCCGUCCAUUGACUUUCAUUUAAACUUCACUCUGCAAAGCUCAAAUUUGAAGUGCAAUUUCCAAACUGCGACUGUGCCUUCAAUUUUAAUACUUCAGAGACAUACUAUGCAUCAAAAUGUAGGUCUGGGUCUUGUGAUUCUCACAAUAUAAAGCUCUUCACUGUAGGAGUUAUAGUUUUUAAAAUACGACCGUUUCAAGAUGGCAACCGCCAAAAUACUCUGACAUAGAAACAUAGAAACAUAGAAUGUGACGGCAGAUAAGAACCAUUCGGCCCAUCUAGUCUGCCCAAUUUUCUAAAACUUUCAUUAGUCCCUAGCCUUAUCUUAUAGUUAGGAUAGCCUUAUGCCUAUCCCAUGCAUGCUUAAACUCCUUUACUGUGUUAACCUCUACCACUUCAGCUGGAAGGCUAUUCCAUGCAUCCACUACCCUCUCAGUAAAGUAAUACUUCCUGAUAUUAUUUUUAAACCUUUGUCCCUCUAAUUUAAGACUAUGUCCUCUUGUUGGUAGUUUUUCUUCUUUUAAAUAUAGUCUCCUCCUUUGCUGUGUUGAUUCCUUUAUAUAUUUAAAUGUUUCUAUCAUAUCCCCCUGUCUAGAUCUUUCCUCCAAAGCUAUACAUGUUAAAGAUCCCUUUAACCUUUCCUGGUAAGUUUUUAUCCGCAAUCACCAUGAACCAGUUUAGUAGCCCUUCUCUGAACCCUCUCCUAAGGUAUCAAUAUCCUUCUGAAGAUCACGGUCUCAAUACUGUGUACAAUACUCCAAGUGAGGUCUCACCAGUGUUCUGUAUAAUGGCAUGAGCACUUCCCUCUUUCUACUGCUAAUACCUCUCCUAUACAAUAAGCAUUCUGCUAGCAUUUCCUGCUGCUCUAUUACAUUGUCUGCCUGCCUUUAAUCUGCCUGUAAUCACCCCUAAAUCCCUUUCCUCAAUUGUUGAGGUUAGGACUCUAUCAAAUAUUCUGUACUCUGCCCUUGGGUUUUUACGUCCAAGAUGCAUUAUCUUGCACUUAUCCACAUUAAAUGUCAGUUGCCACAAUUCUGACCAUUUUUCUAGUUUACCUAAAUCAUUUGUCAUUUGGCUUAUCCCUCCUGGAACAUCAACCCUGGUACAUAUCUUAGUAUCAUCAGCAAAAAGACAUACCUUACCAUCAAGACCUUCUGCAAUAUCACUAAUAAAAAUAUUAAAGAGAAUGGGUCCAAGUACAGAUCCCUGAGGUACCCCACUGGUGACAAGUCAAGCUUUGAAUAUAUUCCAUUAGCUUCUAACCCUCUGUUGCCUGUUACUCAGCCACUGCCUUACCCAUUCAACAAUAUUUGAAUCCAAACUUAAAAGAUUGCAGUUUGUUAUUAAGCCUUCUAUGUGCAACAGUGUCAAAAGCCUUACUGAAAUCUAGGUAAGCAAUGUCUACUGCACCACCCUGAUCUAUAAUUUUAUUUACCCAAUCAAAAAAAUCAAUAAGAUUAGUUUGGCAUGAUCUCCCUGAAGUAAAUCCAUGUUGUCUCUGAUCUUGAAAUCCAUGUGUUUUUAGAUGCUCAUCAAUCCUAUCCUUUAACAUGGUUUCCAUCACUUUCCCCACUACUGAAGUAAGGCUUACUGGCCUAUAGUUGCCUGACUCCUCCCUACUACCUUUCUUGUGAAUGGGCACAACAUUAGCUAACUUCCAAUCUUCUGGGACUACUCCUGUUAACAAUGAUUGGUUAAAUAAAUCUGUUAGUGGUUUUGCUAGUACACCACUAAGCUCUUUUAAUAGCUUUUGGGUUAGUAUUCCAUCAAGUCCCAUUGACUUAUUUGUCUUUACUUUUGACAGUUGAAAUAGAACCUCUUCCUCUGUAAACUCACGUGUAAUAAAUGACUCAUUUAUCCUUUUUCUCAACUGAGGUCCCUUUUCUUCAUUUUCAUCUGUAAAUACAGAACAAAAAUAUUCAUUGAGGCAGUCAGCUAGACCUUUAUCCUCUUCUACAUACCUUCCUUCUUAUGUUUUUAAUCUAACUAAUCCUUGUUUUACUUUUCUUUUCUCAUUUAUGUAUCUAAAAAAUGUUUUGUCUCCCUUUUUUACUGACUGUGCUAUUUUCUCUUCUUUGUGUGAUUUGGAAGCUCUUAUAACUUGCUUGGCCUCUUUCUGCCUGACCUGUGCCAGGCUGCAGCAGCAAGUGAUGUCAUAGACAGGGCUUUUUGAACACCUGCUAAUGUUUUUAUAAAUGUAUGGUUUAAUGUAACUGUGCAACAACGUUGCAAUUAAAUGUGCUAUAUAAAUGAUAACAGUUACUCCGCCCACUCCAGUUGUAGACUACUGGUGGAGGCAAGAACACUUCACAAUUUCCCCAGAAAUUGUAGCUUUUCUAGUUAUUAAGUGUUCUUGCAUAGCAAGACCACUUAAUGUUAUCUCACAUAUAUAUUAUUAUUAUUAAGUGUUCUUGCAUAGCAAGACCACUUAAUGUUAUCUCACAUAUAUAUUAUUAUUAAGUGUUCUUGCAUAGCAGAACCACUUAAUAUUAUCUCACAUAUAUAUUAUUAUUAUUAAGUGUUCUUGCAUAGCAAGACCACUUAAUGUUAUCUCACAUAUAUAUUAUUGCUAAGUGUUCUUGCAUAGCAAGACCACACUUAAUGUUAUCUCACAUAUAUAUUAUUAUUAUUGUGCUUAUUGUGUGCGGUACUGUAACUCCUCCCACCCAGUUUUACACUACAUAGACCAAAAUUUUAAGCGUGCGGGUGUUUUCGGUCGGUUGCUAUUACUUUGUGGGCGUUGCCAAAAUGGUUCCCGGAAUAUCGUCGUUUUUGUGGCGCAAUUUGUCCCAUAGGAAUGAAUGGCAAAGCUAGAGUGGGAGCUGGCAAAAGCUGAAAAAUCAGGACAUGAUUUCUAAACUGCCGCCACUCCCUUAUUUUCAGGCCCACCUACACAAAUCUUAUAUCAAAACGUUCAGCUAUCCCUGCUGCCACUAAACAUGUCAACGGCUAAGCCAUAGUCCUAAUAGAUUUCACAAUAUGACCAUUUGUUUGCAACCAACGUCGUCCAUUGACAUUCAUUGAAACUUCACUCUUCAAAGCUCACAUUUGAAGUGCAAUUUCUAAACUGCAACUGUGCCUUCAAUUUUAAUACUUCAGAGACAUACUAUGCAUCAAAAUGUAGGUCUGGGUCUUGUGAUUCUCACAAUAUAAAGCUCUUCGCUGUAGGAUUUAUAGUUUUUAAAAUAUGACCGUUUGAAGAUGGCAACCACCAAAAUACUCUGACCUGUCAAGGCUGCAGCAGCAAGUGAUGUCAUAGACAGGGCCUUUUGAACACCUGCUAAUGGUUUAUAAAUGUAUGGUUUAAUGUAACUGUGCAACAACGUUGCAAUUGAAUGUGCUAGACUACUGGUGGAGGCAAGAACACUUCACACAAUUUCCCCAGAAAUUGUAGCUUUUCUAGUUAUUAUUAUUAUUAUUAUAGCAAAUUUGCCACCCUAACUCCUCCCACAGUUUUUACACUACAUAGACAAAAAUUUACCAAAACGUGCAGAUUGUUCCCAAUCGGAUUGCUAUUACUUUGUGGAACGUUUCGCCGAAUGGUUCACGGAAUAUCGUCGUUCUUGUGGCGAAAUAUGUCCCAUAGGAAUGAAUGGCAAAGCUAGAGUGGGAGCUGGCAAAAGCUGA